AGCUGUAGUGGAGGGCUUCUGGUAAACUAAGCCACAGAAACCGGUGAAGACGUGAUAAGGAGAAUGAAAGCUAAGAAAACAUAAACUUUUCCCUCAAAAAAUCAGUUUCACUUGGACAGACUCCAGGGCUAAAUCAGCCAGUCGUUGGUCUCUAACAACAUGAAGGCAGAGGAUAAACUUCAGAUACUGAUAUUCCUGUUAAUGCUGGUCAAUUCCCUGUUUGUGAUUCUCGGCCUCAGCCUUUUUGGAUGUUCUAUAUGGAUCAUAUUUGACAAAAACAACUUCAUAACUGUUUUAAGCACGGAGGAUGAAAUCGAGGUGGUGGCUGGAGGGCUGUUUGUCAUCGGCCUGGUGAUCGUGGGGGUCUCCAUGCUGGGCUGUGUCGGGGUCUAUCUAGAAAAUAGAUGUUUCAUUGCAGUUUACAUGGGCAUGUUAUUUGCCAUUAUCUUGGGUCAAGUUUUCAUCACUUUACUGCUGUUGGUGAAAAGAAACAAAAUUGAGGCGUUUUUGACUGAAAGUUUCGAUGCCAUCAUCACUGGGUAUGGCGUCAAUGAUACACAAACAACUUGGGAUCUUCUGGACAGUGUGCAGCAGUCUGCUCAAUGCUGCGGUCGAAGGAACGCCAGCGACUGGGAGAUGAAUUUUCUCAUUCAGACCCUGAACAGGAUGGAUGUGUACCCGUGCUCCUGCUUUAAUGGCAGCUGCCCUGUAGUCUCUGAACUGUCUAGUGAGAUGUACCCAUUUGGAAUGGGCUCAGAAAUAUACUCAACGGGCUGCGGGGUGAAACUAAGAGACUGGUCCGAAACUAAUAUAUUUGUGAUAGUAGGCAUGGACCUUGGACUCGUUGCCAUUCAGAUCCUGCAGUUUGUCUUGGGAUUUCACAUCUACCAGAACAUCGGCCUUAAAAUGAAAAAUCGAUAUCCCAAGAACCUGCUGAGUACAGUGAAGGAGACUCCAGCACCAGAGCCUGACCUUCAGCAGAGUAAUCUGGAGUACCAGCAGCCUGCCAAUCAUGAUUACGACCAGCAGCUUCACAGCAGUGAUUACGAUCAGGAGUACGCCGGAGCGAGUUAUCAGUACCAAGAUCAACAUUACCAACACCAUCCUGACCCUGAGGACACCAGUCACCUUUUUGACCAGCAGCAUCACAGUGCCUAUGCUCAAGAGGAUUCCAGAGAGGCUUAUGAUCAAUACCAGCACCACCACCACCACGAGCCUGAGCCCACCAGCUACGACUACGACUACAAACCCGACUACAAUCCUGAUCAGAAUCAUACUGGUCAGAAUUACGGUCAGACUGGUCAGAAUUACGACCAGACUGGUCAGAAUUACAGUCAGACUGGUCAGAAUUACGGUCAGACUGGUCAGAAUUACAACCAGUACCAAGAUUCGUACUACCAACACAACACAGACCAGCCCUAUCCACAGACAGGCCAUCAUAACCAGGGUUUCGUUCACGACUCUGGGAAUCACUUUGAUGAUUAGUCUUAAACCCAGAGGCUAAUUGCACACCAGGGAGGGGGAGGGGGGGGGGGCACAGUUUAAUGUGGGGGGGUAAAAUCUAUCAUUAAGUGAAUAAACAGGUUUGAGUAGACCGCGCUUUUGAUCAUCACUCCAAUGUGCUUGAAGCUAUCUGGAAGAUGCCAGAUUUACCCUGAAGACUGUUUGUGUACCAUAAAAUUAACAAGGUUUCUCACAAGACUUUUGUAUGGAGUUAUGUGGAAGGGGUGUGCGAUGUGGCCCUAAAAUAAUACCACAAAAUGUUUUUUUCAUGAUAACAACACUACUUGUUGAUGAUAUAACAAAACACUGAAUAUUAAAAAUAUUAAUUUCAAGAAUACACUACAGCAACAACAAAAAAAUUAAACUCUAUAAUUGCAUACGAUAUGAUAUGAUAUAAUAUGAUAUGGCACACCCCUAACUGAGAUAUAAAAAAAUACAAGAAUUUUAUCAGAUUUGUAACAGAAGUCAAUGAUCCAGAAUGCCAGGUUACUAAUAAUAAUGCACUCCAAAUAUCUCCAUAUAUCCAGGAUUAAAGUAAAAUAAAUGAUACUGUAGUACUAGAUACUCUAGUUGAUUGAUUGAUUUUGCUAUUUAUAGGUUUAUGUUUGAGUAAAAUGAAUAUUGUUGUUUUAUUCUGUAAACUACAGACAACAUUUCUCCCAAAUUCCAAAUGAAAAUAUGGUAAUUUAGAGCAUUAUUUGCAGAAAAUGAGAAAUUGCUGAAAUAACAAAAAAAAUGCAGAUCUUUCAGCAAAUAAUGCAAAGAAAACAAGUUCAUAUUUAUAAAGUUUUGAGAGUUCAGAAAUCAAUAUUUGGUGGAACAACCCUGGUUUUCAUGCAUCUUGGCAUGUUCUCCUCCACCAGUCUUAUACACUGCUUUUGGAUAACUUUCAAGCAGUCCAGCUUGGUUUGAUGGCUUGUGAUCAUCCAUCUUUCUUUCAUAAAAUCAAUGAAACUGAUCAUUUUUAGUUUUUUCCAAGAGCUGUAUUUAAUAGGAGCAGUAAGAAUUUUUAUGUUGUCAUGUAUGUAUAACUCACUCCGAAAUAUAUUAUUUAAUUUACCGUCUUUGUGGCUGAAAUUUAGCACUAUUUAAAGAAUGCAAACACACUCAUAGUGAAAGCUUGCCAGGCUAAAGUACAGCUAGGUUGUACAUUAGCCUGGUGUGUUAAACUAACCCUUCAGCCAGGCUUAGCUUAAACACAGUAACAACUAAACCUCACAAUAAAAAAACAUUAUGUCUAUAUCUUCUCUUAUCAGUUAAUCGUUUGUAAUCUUUUAUUCACAGAUUCAUCUUAAACAUACCAUAGAUGUUUGUGUCAUGUUAGUUAAUGCUGAUAUUUGCUGUUGUAUUUCAUGUUGUACUGAAAAAAUAAAUUUCCUAUGUUUCACACA